UAUCAAAUCUUUGUAUAACGAUAGCUUUUAUUUACUACUUAACGAACCGUAUACUUGCGGAUUUAUUCAGACCACUCCCAAUGUUGUUAUUUACACUGAGAUGAUAGAUGCUCUAUGUAACGAUGGAAAGGCAGAUGAAGCUUAUAACAAUUAUGCUUGUGACGGAAGAAAAGUGGUGUUAUCCAAAUGUUGUGACUUAUACUGCAAUGAUUGAUGGCUUUGGGAAAGCAGGCAGAGUUGACAAAUGCCUUGAACUGUUGCAGCAAAUGUGUUCCAAGGGUUUUGCUCCAAAUUUUGUCACCCGUGGGGUUUUGAUAAAUCACAGUUGUGCUGCCGGCCUUUUAGAUGAGGCUCAUAGACUUUUAGAAGAGAUGAAACAGACAUACUGGCCAAAGCACAUAGCAAUAUAUCAUAAAGUUAUAGAAGGUUUCAGCCGUGAAUUCAUAGCUUCUCUUGGUCUUUUAGCUGAGAUGACUGAGAGUGAUUCAGUGCCAAUUUUGUCAGUUUAUAUAGUUCUGAUUGAAACUUUUAUCAAGGCUGGAAGACUGGAAGUGGCUCUAGAACUGCAUGCAGAGCUCUCAUCAUUUUCUUCUUUUUCAGCUGCUUGCAAGAAUACAUAUUUCUCGUUAAUUGAAAGCCUUUCACUUGCAUGUAAAGUUGAUGAGGCUUUUAAGUUGUACCCAGACAUGAUUAGGAGUGGCCAUGUUCCAGAGCUAAGCAGUUCAGUUCACCUUAUCGAGGGACUUCUCAGAGUUGGCAAGUGGGAAGAGGCACUGCAACUGUCAGAUGGCAAAUGCCGGAUGUGCUUGGCUUCAAUGAUAAUAAGGAGAACAGGAGCUGCAAGAAUGUAUAGGAGGAAAAUAUUGUUUAGAAAAGGUAGUAUUGUAAUUAAUUAGGUAAGCUAAGAAUUCAAUAAUACAAGAAUUACUUCUUUCUCUCUCUUUCUUCCUCUUUCUUCUUCCAUCUUGAUUUCUCUGCUCUCUCCUCUGUUAUUCUUCUAUUUCUUUCUUCUUCUUCUGCAGGUUUUGGGUCUUGGGAACUUUGCUACAUGACGAUCACAUGCCCAAAUGCCUACCUAAUUUUAUUUGGUUUUCAGCGGAACAAGAGCACAUUUUAUGUCCAAUAUCAUAUUCCAGUUCAGGACCUGGAGCUGACCAAUGUAUUUAUAUACAAGUGAAUGUUAUAAUUCUGGUUGAUACA